CUACCUGUCCUGUCCGCAUCCUCCAUACCAGUCAAUCAAAGGAAGGUUCUUGCAGCUGCUAAGCUGAUCUGAAACAUCAGUUGUUGUUGUCCCAUAGUACCGCAAGUUCUCGUUCUUUUCUAACAUCCCAAAUAGUACCUCUCUAUCCACAGUUUUCACUCAAUUCAUUGGAAGGCAAGGGAUGCUACAGAUGCUUGAAUUCUAAUGGCGGAAUCGGUCAGUGCUGCGAUUGCCCAGGAGACAGUUAGCCAAAUCCUAUCCUGUCUUGUUCAAAAAUAUGAGGAGAAAGAGGAAUCAAAUGUGAACAGAAACUUGGAGAGGCUAGAGAUGGCUCACAUCAGGCUGGAGGCUGCUCUUGAGACAUCUGAAAAGUGGCAGAUCACAGAUGCAUCCUUACUGUGCUGGCGUAGGAAGCUGAAGCGUGCAUCUCAAGAGUGCGAUGACACACUUCACAAAUGCAAGCAGAGAAUCCUAGAAGACCAACAAAUGAAACGGGAGGUAAAGAAUUCCUCCCUUCCUAACCGUAUUGUGCAUGCUACAAAGUCAUUUGUUUUCUCUGUUCUGAACCGCAACAACAAUGAGUUGAUUAGAUCCACUGCUCAAAGAUUUGAGUGGUAUGCAGAUGGUGCUAGUGAGUUUCUGAGAUUUAUAGAGUUUGGUGGCACACCACGCUGUCACAUGCCCUUUGACUCCUUUAUCAAGAACCUUUUUGCGGGCAAGGAACUACAUCAUAAAAUCGUUCGGGGAAACAAGUAUCCCUCCUUUCAGUUAUGGUUGGUGCCGAUCCGUACUUCAGAGUAUGGAACCACCGUUAGCUUGACAUUUGUCCAGUAUGAUGGUACACCAGAGGGUAAUAUCUUCUUUAGUUUGGCUGUUCAACUCUCGGAGAGUAUAGAUAUAUUUGGGAUCGCAAUUAAGUGCUUGCAGUUUUUUGCCCCUCAUUUCAAGUGUACAUUUGAAAAUAUUAGGAAUGAACUUUCUCAACUGCCUGCUCAAGACUUCUCAUGGGGGCCAUCUUUUUAUUCAUACCAUAAUGAACACUGGGACAAAUUCAACAGCUACUUGUUGCAGUGGGCUCGGCCAAACCCACUCUGUUGCAAUGGUCAGCAUGAGGUUCAACGCUUUAGCAACCUAGACAUGGCAGGAUUAUCAGAAGUUUUGCUAGAACCAAUAAUUAAUUUGUAUUUGCAGUGUCAAGUCUCAAUAUCUGUUUACAGCAAACAGAAGACAUCACUAUCUGAAGAUAUAAUAUCUCUACAAGAUUAUCCAUAUCUGAAAACUGGUAUCUCCUUUUCGCCCCAUGGCUGUUUAGAGGACAUGCUGCCAGCAAAUAGGAGUUCUAAAAUAGCUGCCAUAGUCCGCGAGGAGCUACAUUGCUUGCAUACGGACAUUACCCUGGAACAGCUGGAAGAUAUUAUGCUGCCAAAGGCAAUAGAUUACUUCCACCAGAAUACUGAAGCGAUGGUACACCAAAUGAUUUGGAAGUCUAAACAUGGGUUUGCAUAUAUUCAGGUUGAGAAGCCAUGCAUGAGCACACGGAGAUCAAGCAUGAGAACACAGAGAACUUUUGGGGUAGCUAGUAAGAGAAAGCAAUUGCAAGGGCAUGACGAGGAGCUUUUUAGGAAUCGGAUAGCCUGUUACUGGCUCGACUUAUGGGUUACAUAUGUGCCUGUACGACUGCAAAGAUCGGUCAAGAGCUGGGUGCGGAAAGAAAAGGAAUUUCUGUUAGCAGCACCACAACUACACCUGAAAUUCUAAAUAACUAGUAUGAUGCCCCGUGCUAAUAGCGUGGCUAGACACCUUCAGAUAUAACUUUAUCAUCAUAAUUUUUUAUUCUAAAUAAAUAUGAAAACCAUAAAUCGAUAUCUAUUUUAUGUUUUUAAUUUUUAUAACAUACUAAGUCAAGCAUAUUGUAUACCACUGCAAUUGUAAACUACACGGUCCAAAUCCGACUCAUAGUGUACUACAACAGUCAUUGAUUUUGUAUGAAUUUAAUCAAAUAUUCGCUAAUGUAUUUAAUCCAAUAUUAUCUAUUGAACUUAAUCAAAUAUUGAAAAUCACAACAGUGCAGUUGCUAUGACCCUAUCGGUCAUGGCACCUGACCCCUCAACCCCCAAAACAGAGCGAAUCCGUUUCUUAUGAAGCCCUUUUUUCACUGCCCUUAAGUUGUCAUUGCAAUUAUUUUUCAUUUGUCUUUUAUUAAACGAAGAACAUUGUAUUUCUUUGUUUAUUCGCCUUCUCCCAUGAUCUAGUCUUUGGAUUGAUUGUCA